CAUGCACGCACUGAACAUCAGAACAUUAUCAGCAGCUCUGAGAGUCUGGUGGUCAGGGCUUAGUAAACAGUUGGAGGAGCUGAUAACAAAUUGCAAACUUUAUAGCAAAGCGUGAGUUAAUUCCCGGCUGUCAUUGCUGCCAUCUGCACUUCCAGAAAGACUUUGUCAGACAGUUGGCAACCAAUCCUUCUGAAUAGCAAAGGCAGCCCUGCUCCUUGCUGCGAAUUGUACAGCCCAGAUUGGGAGCCCUUUGCCACCAGCGUACAUCACAAAUAUCUGCACCCAUGUCAGUGGAUUUACUCUGGUACAAAUGAGACAAAAUCUGCUGCUUAGAUACAAAUGCAAAACACAGAAUGUAAUUGAUGAGCUUGUAAAAUAUCCUCUGAGUACAUUAUCUUGCAGUCAGAAGGGAACUUUUCUGAGCUCCAGAAUUCUAGAAGUAUUCUUUCUUAGGCUGCGUGUCUUGGCUGGGAGUAUCUUUGGCUUAAUUAAAGGCCCUCAAAUCUGCAGUGAUGUCCAUAAAAGCAGAAGCCCUUACAGACACAGAGGGGAGGGAGACGCUGAGAGCAGUGAGAAAUCGGUGGAAGCAAACAUGUCUUCUCGCCAUCUCUGGGAAGCAGAUUUGCACAAGGAGUGCAGUCUGAAUCAAUCAUGCCCAUACUCCAGCGGCAAGCCUUGCCCUCCCAGAAAGCACGAGAAUUUGGGAAGCAGGAAUAGGAUCAGCGCACACUGUGCAGGGGUGAGCGUUCGAUCCCCUAACAUUAAUUCCUCGGUACGUAUCCCCGAAUUCACGUGUACUCGGUGUCUCUCCCACAGAAUGUCUCCUUCUCUCCAUAGGCUUUGCAUUCACCAGCUUUGGCAGGCAGUCAAGAAAAUGUUAACAUCCCUGGCAAAAAGCUUCAGCCUGUUCCUAACAACAUGUGCAACCCAUUCCUUCCAGCCCCAGUGGUUUCCUUUCAGCCUGCCACUCCCUCCCCCGUGCAUGGACCCUCAGUUUUUCAUCAGCCACACUCCCCUCCUCUUCCUCUUCUUCACGCGCAUUCCAACUGUCUCUAUUUCUCUAUCUCUGUCUCACACAUACGUCUUGUUGGGCAGAGCGCAAAGCGGCAAACAUGAGGAAGGUAUGGAAGCAGUGAGAUACAAACACAGCCACAGUCUGGACUCUGUCUGGAGGGAUUUCGAGCUUUCCUGCAGGAGUGGAUUUAUGAGCUACAGCGUAUACUUACUUAUCAGUUAAACUGCUUGAAAGUAAUUCUGCAUUACCCUGGGGCUGGGCUGGUAUUCAUCAGAAGGAGCUAAAUCAUGGGGUGUGGAAAAGGAGACUUAAAUGGCCUCUUAAUAUCCGAAGACUAUGGGACCCACAGAAAUUGUCCUGCAAGAAGGCACGGGACGGCUUUGAUUUUGGCGUAACACCUGAAAAGACAGGAACUGCUGGGAGCCAGAAUGAGGGACAAACCACAUCACAACAGCCACUGAGUGAUGGUUUUGUUUGUGCCUGCUGUCACUGAGGAGGCUGGCGUGUCCCUUCCCAGCUCCGCCAGCUAAACCAGCAGUGCAGGGAAACAGCCACACCACCGUGACAUCCUUCUGCAAAUUCCCUGUUGUCCAAAAAGAGGAAAACUGUCAUUCCUAGCCUGGAAUUCCUAGCUAGAUCCUCCUCUUUUUUUGCUACUCACUGGUUCUACUUACAGUGAUGGAAGACAGCCUUGGCUGGAAGAGUGGCAUGCACACAAACAAUGAAGACGGAGCCACGAGACAGGUUCACGUGAUGGCAGCACAGUGGAGAUGAAUUUGCACACAGCAGGCAUGGAGAUGAUACAGGAGAGUUGAAGAAAGCACAAAAUGAAACAGUGAUGAGAAGUGCAGCAGCAAGAACCCUCUCCCUUACCCCUAACACGUCCUCAAAUAAAACUUAAAUAAAAUUGC